GUGAUGAGAGGAGCGGCUUCCAUUCACCCGGCACCUUCCACGGUCCGCUUCUCCACAAGCCAGGGCCGCACUCCUACCAGCCCGAGAAAGCGGGGAAGGGAGCCCGAGCCAAAGCCUAAGCAGAUCCAAUGGCAGCAGAUCUUCAAUCGCAUCAAGAAGUUCAAGCUGCGGGAUCCGGAGAGGAUGGCCUGGAUUCGCAUGAAGAGUCGGCGGCUCGCAAGCAGCUGGCGCUUCACGGUGCUUACUACCGCCCUCACCAUCUACGCUCUUUUCGGCGAUGACUUUCGUCUUUGUGUCACUCACAUGCAGACUGACGAGCUAUUUAACGCGAUCACCCUCUUCGCCUGCCUGGUCUUUGGCGCGGAGAUAGUUGCGAAUAGUCUGGGUCAGGAAGAGUAUUUUCUCGGUUUUUUCUUUAUUCUCGACAUGGGUGCAACGGUCACGUUGGUCUUCGACCUGACGUGGGUAUCCAAGGAGCUGUUCUGCGCAUCAGCAGAGGGAGAGGAGGCUCUAAAAACCAGCCGUGCGGGCCGCGCUGGUGCGCGGGCAAGCCGAACUGUUCGAAUUAUUCGACUCAUGCGUUUGGUGAAACUCUACAAGGCAUAUUGGGUCGCUAUGGAGAAGCGGAAAGAGGAGGAGACCAGGAAGCAGCGUCUGCUUGAGCUGAAGCCCGGCGAAGUAGUCCCGGAGCCAUCAGAAUCAACUUUGAAGAGUGAAUUUCAGGUCAAGCAGGAAGGUGAAGACGAGGACGAUCUUGAAGAUGAGAACAAGCAAGAGGAUCAGGACGAGCCGAAGCAAGAAACUCGCGUGGGCAAGAAGCUGUCGGACAUGACCACCCGUCGCGUUAUCAUCCUGGUCCUAGUCAUGCUGAUUGUCCUGCCGCAAUUCGAGCCAUCAGGCAAUGUUUUUAUUUCUUCCUCUGAUUUUCAGGACUCCUCUAAGUUUGCCGCGAGCAUGAUCUACGAGAGGUGGCGAACCUGGUGUGGAGCUACCAACGCCACGGUCAAGCCGUGGUGCAUGGUGUCGCUGCAGACGCCAGCUGUGGAUCAAGAGCAACAUUUUCGAAAUCGAUAUGAAUUGGAGGUGGCCUUGCUGCAGUUUCUGCAUGUCCACAUCUCCAGUAGCUUCUUGUGGAAGCUUUACUGGAUAGGCACGGUGUCCAGGAGGUGGGCAGGUUCUGAUUACCUGGGACAGCUAUCGCCCUUCAAUCAGGUUCGAUGGCUGGGUGAGGACCUGCGGUUGGAUCCCGACAAUCUGAGCGCCAUUUGGGACUCCACCUAUGUGCGCAACGACUUCUACCAGGGCACGGUCGGUGCGCCUAUCCCGGCAGCGACAAAGUCGAGGCUGGUGAGCGAUUGGCAAGAGGAGUGCCAGACAGCGGUGGGUGUCGUGGUCCAGCCCGAAGCUCGGGCCAUGGCCUCCAACGGCUGCUCCAUCACUGCAGAGCUACGGUGUUCAGAGGUGGAGUAUGUCACGCCUCUCACCUACAGUGCGGAGGAGAGUGAGAGCUUCUCCUUCAUCUUUGCCUUCGACCGAAGAGGAUACACGCAACUAGAGGCUGGCCUCAGCAUUCUGCAGACCCUCUUCAUUUGCUUUGCCGUGGGUGUGGGCGCCAUGACCUUCUCGAAGGAUGCAAACGAGUUGCUUCUCAAUCCAAUUGAAAGGAUGAUCGAGAAGAUGGAAACCAUCAAGGAUAAUCCUUUGGAGGCGAUGCGCCUGGGAGACUUGGAGUUCCGCCGGGAGGAGGUGGAAGAGGCACGCUUCCGCGAGAAGCUGGCGCAGAUGAGUCGGCCCUGGCAGCUGCUCUACAAAUACCGCCAUGCCAAGAAGUACAAGGAGCCGAUGGAGACUGUGAUGCUUGAAAAGACCAUCAUCAAGCUGGGCGGCUUGCUGGCCCUGGGCUUCGGCGAGGCUGGCGCAGAGGUGAUCGGCCAGAACAUGAAGGUGAGUGCCACAGCUGGGGUCAAUGCCAUGGUCCCCGGCUCCAAGGUAGAUGCCAUCAUCGGCUUCUGCAACAUCCGACACUUCACACAUGCCACAGAGGUGUUAAAGGAGAAAGUUAUGCUCUUUGUAAACCAGGUCGGAGAGAUAGUUCACGGUUGCGUGGACGACUUCCAUGGAGCCCCGAACCGGAACAUCGGAGAUGCCUUCCUGGUGAUUUGGCGCCUGUCAGGCAGCCAUCCAGAGAAGCAGACCAAGUUGGCAGACAUGGCUCUCAUGUCGUAUGUGAAGAUCAUUGCAGAAAUCAACAAGUCAAGGGUUCUGGCGGCAUACCGGUGGCAUCCGGGCUUUCAGUACCGCAUCAAGGACUUUCACGUGGACUUGGGCUUCGGCCUUCACUGCGGCUGGGCAAUUGAGGGAGCCAUCGGAAGCGAAUACAAGAUUGAUGCCUCAUAUCUCUCGCCGAACGUCAGCGUCGCAGCCAAGCUGGAGGCGGCCACUUCGCAGUUCAAGGUCUGGAUGCUGCUGUCUCACAGCAUGGUAAACAUGUGCAGCCAUGAGGUGGCACUAAGCUGCCGCCUCAUUGACCAAGUCACGGUGAGUGGCUCUCGCAUUCCAAUGCGCAUCUACACGAUGGACCUGGACACCCGGAGGAUUGCAGUGGAGGAGAAAGGGCCGGACAGACUCAUCAGGAACCGGUUCAAGAUCCGUCAGCUGAGAGAGGUGCGCAAAGGAGAGAAGAUGGCAGAGGACUACAGAGUGUGGGAUGCGAUGAUGAACAACCCUGAUGUGAGGCAAAUGCGCUCACUCUUCUCCGAAGAAUUCUUCCAGCGUUUUGCCAUGGCCUAUCGUAAUUAUGAGGCUGGUGAAUGGCUGGCUGCAAGGGACAUGCUUUUCACGUGCCACUAUCAACCUCGAGCUGACGUUGGCCGGCGACUUGUUGCCUCCGAGGCAGAUUGGCCGGAAGACGGUCCCAGCGUGACCUUGUUGAAGUUCAUGCAGCAGCGGGAUUUCGUUGCCCCGAGUGACUGGCUGGGUUUCAGAUGCUGA